CUUAGCUUUGGAUGAGAAUAAGAGUUCAGGCCGCUCCUUUAGCCUACAUAGUUGCCACAAUCGCCCCUAGUCGCGUGCAUUGCUUGCAAAUUGAAGUUCGAACGCUCUCAAACCUCCGCCUUUGGUCCGACCUGACCCUCACCACACGCAUCACGGCAAGACCCCAAACAAGCUUCUGCCUCGCCCGCGCACUGCCCGACGCUAUUCGACCACCUGCAGAUCUGCGACGACAUCCCCAAGUCCCUGCUGAUGAGCUGCCUGGCCCCGUUUCAGCUGGCCUAGAACUUAGCUUCGCCAUUCCCCGACUGCGUAUCUUCCCACAAAACACCACGACCCCCCGCACCCACGCGGCAGGAGCGACCUGCACCUACCCUCUCUACCUAAUCUACAUACCCUCGCUGCCAUGAACACCUCCCCGAACGGCUUCUACGGCGGGCCGCCGCCAAUGAUGAACCCGCCGCCUCCGCGCAUCUUUGGCAGCGGCCAGUUCGACCCAUCGCAGCUUCCCCAGAACAUGUUUGCCCAGGAUGACAUGGACGACCACAAUGACCAGGGUGAUCCAAAGAGGAGGAGGAUAGCAAGGGCUUGCGACAUGUGCCGGAAGAAGAAGAUCAAGUGUGACGGCAAGAUGCCCUCAUGCACGCACUGCCAGAACUACAAGACGGAAUGCAUUUUCACACAGGUCGAGAAGAAGCGCCAGCCGCCGAAAGGCGCCAAGUACAUCGAAGGCCUUGAGAACCGCCUCGCCCGCAUGGAGUCGCUGAUGCGCCUAUCUGGCGUACUUCCAGAAGAUGAUGACGGCAGCACCGACCUCGCGACCAUCGAAAAGCGUUUGACUGACCGAGCAGGCCGCUCGGCGACACCCAGACUGAGCAUGUCAGAGGACAGGAAACAGUCAACAGUGCCUCAAUCAGGCACAUCCACAAGUAAUGGCACACCGGCGCAACCGACUCUUCCGAGCCCUAGGAGUGGUACAGCAUCACCUGCGGAGACACAAGAAGAAGAGAAAGGCAAGGAUGGAGAGGAUGCGCUUGCUGAAAUGAUGUGCUCUCUGGUCACUAACAACUACGGCGAGACCAGAUAUAUUGGUUCAUCAUCAGGUUUCUCUAUUUUCUCACCCAAGGGCAUCCAAUGGGUGAACGAAAAGACCGGCGACAACUCCUUCCAGCACAUGAUCUCCACAGCAGCUGUAGAAGACAAUAAAUGGAUACAGUGGCGGCCAGACGUAUUCCAGGACAUCUUCAAACGACGAGUGUACAAGCAACUGCCACCAAAGCACGAAGCCCUGUCGCUGUUGAAGGACUACUUCGAGAACUUCAAUUGCAUGUUCCCGCUGUUCCACGAACCAACCUUCAUGCACCUUGUCGACAAACACUACUCGAAAGAUCCUUAUGAGGGAUCUGGUUGGUGGGCUAGCUUGAACGUCGCAUUGGCCUUUGCUCAUCGUCUGCGAGUCAUGAGCAAUCUUGUACCGGCAGAGGAGGAUGAGAAGGCGUGGCAGUACCUCAAGAACGCUAUGAGCGUCAUGGUUGAACUGACGAUGCGGAACACUGACCUGCUUAGCGUACAGGCUCUACUGGGUAUCGGCCUGUUCCUGCUCGGCACACCAAACCCGCAACCGACAUACUUCUUCGUGGCAACAGCGAUGCGACUUGCACAUAGUAUUGGACUGCACAAGAAGGGAGCAAAUUUCAAUCUCAACAAUGCCGAGGUCGAACAACGGAAGCGAGUGUUCUGGAUUGCAUAUAUGCUCGACAAGGACAUUUGCUUGCGUUCCGGUCGACCGCCUAUCCAGGAUGAUGAUGACAUGAAUGUUGAGCUACCAAGCGAAUUUCCACCCGACAACAUUGGCAACAUUCCACUGGCGGACGGCAAUGGCACAAUGAACUUGUUCCGCCUCAUGUGCACAUUCUCUAUCAUCCAGAGCAAGGUCUACAAGGGGCUUUACUCCGUCAAAGCGUCGAAACAGACAGAUGGUGAACUUCUCAACACGAUUGGCGAACUCGACAGAGAGUUGGAAAACUGGAAAGAUGGCAUUGCACUUGAAUUCCGACCCGAACAUGAUAUCAAGGCUUCACACACACCGCUCAUCCUCCAGGUCGCAGUACUGCAUCUCGGCUACUACAACUGUCUGACCACGAUUCACCGCAUGAGUGUGCAUCACGGAUACUGGACAAGUCGACUCUCGAAUUUCGCAAUCCAAGGCCUCAAUGCUCGUCCGCUUAACCCUCGUGUUUUCAUGUCAGCGCAGCUUUGCGUACAGGCAGCACGAGCAUCGAUUCACCUGCUCAAGUACAUCCCUAAGGGAGAUUUGUCUUGUGUCUGGUUGGUCAUCUACUUCCCGGUCACAGCACUCGUUACGUUGUUCGCGAAUAUUCUGCAAAAUCCACAAGACACUCGGUCACGAUCCGAUCACAAGCUCAUGAAACUCGUUGUCAACUUCUUGAACAUGCUGAACGACGAACAAGGCAGCGGGAGUGUCAAGCGCAUGUGUAGUGUAUGUGCCGAAUUCGAGCGCAUUGUAGCUAUUGUGCUCGACAAGGCAGACAGAGAGCAUGCUUCUCGUCGGAAGAGGAAGCAGGGUGACAGCGAGCAAGACGCUCAGAUUGAGGCUACAGCGGCUGAGCUGCUAUCGGCACGCCGUAACUCACACUCGCAAUCAUCACCUAACGUCGCGCCAUCGCCGCAGCAGCAACCUCCACAACAAGAAGGCUUGAUCUUCAACCCUGACUUCCAUGGUUUCAAUGAACCUUUCCCCUUCUCACCCAACUUCACUCACGCCUCACUACAAGCCAACGCGCCCAUGCGCCAAUAUGGUUCACCCUCCAUGACCGCGCAGAUGCUUCAGCAACAAGGCAGUCUUCCAAUGACCACAGGCGCCGAUGUCAAUGGCAUCAAUAACAACCUCAAUGCGAUGGCAAUGGGUCAGUUUGACCAGACGUUCAACAAUGUGCCGCAGGAUCUCUGGAAGAUGCCCAUGACUCUCGAGUGGGAUUGGGCAGACAUGACUGGAUACAAUGGCUACGAAGACGGCAUCAGCAUGAACGGCGUAAUGCCAGAUUUCUCGCAAACCGAUCAUGGGACGAGUCAGUUCAAUCACAAUAAUAUGAACGGAGGGCGGUAAUAGGAAGAGCACAAGUGAGGUUCUUUUGGGGGGCAUUUCCGCCCCACUCAACCUUAAUGUUGAAUGUAUAGUUUACGAUAUUGCAGGGAAAAAAGUAGAGCGACGCACCUAUCUGCGCACUUGUACGAACGAACGUUUACGAAC